AUGGCUCCAACAUACACAAACUCCAAUGGUGCUCCAAUCCCAGAGCCUUUUGCCACUCAAAGAAUUGGUAAACACGGUCCAUUGUUGAUGCAAGAUGUCAAUUUGAUUGACUCAUUGGCACAUUUUGACAGAGAAAGAAUUCCUGAAAGAGUUGUUCAUGCUAAAGGUUCAGGUGCUUAUGGUGUCUUUGAAGUGACUGACGAUAUCACUGACCUUUGUUCCUCUGCAUUUUUGGACACUGUGGGUAAAAAGACUAGAACUGUGACUAGAUUCUCAACCGUUGGUGGUGAAUCUGGUUCUGCUGACUCUGCAAGAGACCCAAGAGGAUUUUCAACCAAGUUUUACACUGAGGAGGGUAACUUGGACUUUGUUUACAACAAUACUCCAGUCUUUUUCAUUAGAGACCCAUCCAAGUUUCCACACUUUAUCCACACCCAAAAGAGAAACCCAGAAACUCACUUGAAGGAUGCAAACAUGUUUUGGGACUAUUUAACUUCAAAUGAAGAGUCGAUACACCAAGUUAUGAUUUUGUUCUCAGACAGAGGUACUCCAGCUUCAUACAGAGAAAUGAAUGGUUACUCGGGACACACUUAUAAGUGGUCCAACAAGAAGGGCGAGUGGCGUUAUGUCCAAGUGCACAUGAUUGCUGACCAAGGUCGUAAAUCAUUAACCAAUGAGGAAGCUGGUCAAUUAGCUGGAUCUAACCCUGACUUUGCUCAAGAGGAUUUGUUUAAGAACAUUGCUGCUGGUAACUACCCAAGCUGGACCUUGUAUGUUCAAACCAUGACUGAGGAGCAAGCCAAGAAGGCCCCAUUCUCUGUGUUUGACUUGACCAAGGUUUGGCCACACAAGGAUUACCCAUUGAGAAGAUUUGGUAAAUUGACUUUGAAUGAAAACCCAAAGAAUUACUUUGCUGAAGUUGAACAAGCUGCAUUUUCACCAGCAAACACUGUUCCAUACAUGGAGCCAUCAGCUGACCCAGUCUUGCAAUCAAGAUUGUUUUCAUACACUGAUACCCAAAGAUAUAGAUUGGGACCAAACUAUACCCAAAUCCCAGUCAAUUGUCCAGUCACUGGCCGUGUCUUUAACCCACACAUGCGUGAUGGUGCAAUGACUGUUAACGGUAACUUGGGUUCUCAUCCAAACUAUUUGGCAUCAGACAAGCCAAUCAAUUUCAGAUCCUACUCGAUUCAAGAAGACCAAGAAGUUUGGGAAGGUGCAGCUACUCCAUUCCACUGGAAGGCUACUCCAGAAGAUUUCAAACAAUCACAAGCAUUCUGGGAAGUUCUUGCUAGGUAUCCUAAUCAACAAGAGCACUUGGCUCACAAUGUUGCUGUGCACGUUGCUAGUGCCGAUGCUCGUAUCCAAGACAAGGUCUUUGCUUACUUUGGCAAGGUUAACUCUGACUUGGAGAAGAUGAUCAAGAAGGAGGUUUUGGAAUUGAGUCCAAGAAAGUAA